UGGUGCAGGUACAGAGUGACAUUUUUGAUUCGGUGAUUGAAGGUGCAUAUUUUCUACGAUUAAUUAAUAAAAAUAAACGCAAAUUAUGCCUAAGAGGAAAAACCAAGCCUUAAUCGAUUCCGACAGCAGUGGAAGUUCCGAAGAAAGCGUCUCCGACCUCGAAAACGAACUAUUAACACUUGCAAAGAAAAAAACGAAAACACAAAAUGAGUCGUCAGCUGCUGAAGAUGAUUCGUCAAAGAAGGCAGCUGAUUCCGACACAUCAGACUCAGAUGAUGACUGGGAUACAAAAGGAGGGAAAACAAAGAAGAAUAAAAAAGCGCCGGCCAAAAGGAGUAAGCGAAAGAUGACAAAGUCUAGUUCCGAAGACAGUGACAGUGAUAAAGAUGAGACCAAAGACUCGGAAUUAGAAGAUGGAGAAGUAUCCGACUCGGAUGAGAGUGUUUCUGACUCUAGUGAGGAAGAAUUUAAUGACGGCUACGACGACAAACUCAUGGGCGAUGAGGAAGAUCAAGCACGUCUCGCCGAAAUGACUGAGAAAGAACGAGAGCAAGAAAUCUUCAAGCGAAUCGAACAACGAGAGAUUAUGAAAACUAGGUUUGAAAUAGAGAAGAAGCUACGAAUGGCGAAGAAGCAGGAGCUGAAGAAGCAGAAGGAGUCGAGAAAGAAAGAGAAGGGGGUCGACGAGAAGGACAAGAAAGUCGAGAGAGCCCCGGAUCCGAAAGAACGAAGCAAAGACAGGAAGAAAACCAUUGAGGAGAAGCAGGACAAGAAGUUUCACGCAAUGUCCUUGCUGAAAGCCAGACGAGAGGAAAAGAGGGAACGAGAGGAAAAGGAGAAACAACGGAUGGAACAGCAGCAAACACAAUCCAAAGACGACGAGGAGGAACUCGAGGAUGACCACAAAGGGGGAAACAAAACGAAGCUUAAGGCUUCGGAUAUUUAUUCUGAUGACAGUGGCUCUUCGGAUAGUGGUGAAGAAGAUGACUCGGCAAAACCAGCCUCGAAUCGAAGGUCGUCUUCCAGUGACGAACGAGACUCAGACUCAGAUAAUGACAAAAAGUCGGUGAUAAGUACCAAAGCAAAAAUCAAGAAACCAAGCUACGUGAACACUAAAGAAGAUCUGAACAAAAUUCGACUCUCGCGUCACAAAAUGGAAAGGUUUGUUCAUCUGCCAUUCUUUGACCGAGUUGUUCAGGGUUGUUUCGUGAGAAUUGGAAUUGGAAACAACAAUGGGAGGCCCGUUUACCGUGUUGCCGAAAUCAGCGGUGUUUGUGAGACUGCAAAAAUUUACCAGUUGGGAGGAACGAGAACGAAUAAGGGACUGAAGCUUCGACAUGGCGCUCAAGAACGAGUUUUCCGACUCGAGUUUGUUUCUAAUCAAGAAUUCACGGAGUCGGAAUUCUUCAAGUGGAAGGAGGCUUGCGCCGUUCAGGCCAUAUCGCUUCCCACCUUUGAGGAACUCGAUCAAAAGCUCAAGGAUAUAAAAGAGGCGAUAGCUUAUGAAUUUAAGGAGGAGGACGUGGAGAAAAUAGUGAGGGAGAAGGGAAGAUUUAAGCAGAAUCCUUAUAAUUAUGCGAUGAAGAAGGCGCAGUUGAUGAGAGAGAGGGAAGUGGCGAAUGGUCGAGGCGAUAAUGAAGAGUCGAAUCGAUUGACUCAAGAAUUGAGUGAACUGGAAGAGAGAGCAUCUGAACUUGAUAAAAUGAGGACUGCGACGAUUUCGAGUAUCUCUUAUAUUAAUGACCGAAAUCGAAAGAAGAACGUCGAGGAAGCUGAGAAAGCUAUUAUUGAGGAAAUGAAAGCAACUAAAGGAAAGGUAGUGGACGAUCCUUUCACGCGACGUAGCACAAAACCGCGAAUGGUUUACAAACCAGAUGAUGAGGGAACUCCUCUAGUUAUUCCUGAUCGAAUGGCAAAUCCUCAACCUCAGGCCGACAAAUCUUCUUCGAGCGAGAAGGAAAAUGGGCAGAAAAAUCAGAAAAAGCAGAGUACGGAAGACUUGUUUAAUGCUCAUAAUUUUGACAUCACAAUAGAUUUGGAAGUGCCAAUUCCAAGUAAUCCUGUUAGUAUCCUACCUAAACCGCUGAACAAUAUUAAGGACACGGGACCUCGCAGAUCAUUAAAUUUAGAAGACUACAAGAAGAAGCGUGGCCUCAUCUAACACUUUAAUUCUUUAAUUUCUUUGGAAACAUACUCCGUUGCUUCGGCCAAGCAAGUAUAACAGACAACAAAAAUUAGAAGUAAUAAAAGUUACAUUUAGGAGAUACAAAAUUACAAAGUAAUUGUAUUUCUAGAGAGCAGUUCGCUUCUGUGUUUGUUUGUUUUCAUUAAAUUAUAAAUUAUAUGUUUUCAUCGACAUAUAAUUUUGUUUUUGUUAUAUCGUUAAAUAAUAAAAAAAAAGGUGAGCUCUCAGUGGCAAAUUUAGUGCAACUUAUGUACGUACUAAAACUGAUAAUAAAGCCAUAACUUAUUUAUGAAAGUUUAAAAACGCAGUUUUAACUGAAACAACUCCUUAUAAAAGUAAAAAUUAUAAACAGAAUUGUUCAGUUAGCAAGCUGGUUUUUUAAUUUUAUUUUAAAAACGAUUGUGAUAUAUUUUAAUUCUGUCGAAAUUUUGAUUACCAAAUAUUUGAAAAAGAAUUGGAAACUUUAAUUUAUUUUUUCUAAUAGUGGAAAUCAAUUUUUUUAUUAUUAUAAUUAUGAGGAAUAAUAAUAUUAUAGAUAGUUAUUUAUAAUAGCUCAAUCAUGUUAAUGUUUAAAAUAAACAAUGUACUCGCGGAGAUUGACUGAUUUAUGCAAGAUUACUCGAUAGAGAAAUGAUCAAGGUUUUCGCAUUUUUGUCGCGAGUUUCAUCAUACUCAGCAAUUGUAAUUUGUAACAAAUAGCGAAAACGAAUAUUUACAACAAUAAUCUGAUUAUUCGCAAUAUAAGGACUAUUUAAACUUUGAUGUUGUGCAAAUGUAAUAAGAAAAUGCGAAUUACGUGUGUUUAAACAAUGUUUUUACCAUCCAAGAAUGUAAUACAUUCUUUCCGUCUCUCAUCGAAUUGGCGCUGCAAUAAUUAUGUUAUUAGUUCAUAAUUUAUAUAAAUGGAUAUAAUUUUACAGCACUCUAAGCCAACAUUUUAUCAAUUCUAGUAUUUCCUCUAUCGAGUCAAGAUCGUACUUUACAACUAAAAUAAUUUAUUGUUUCCCUCCCGUUUCUUCUUUCCAUGUUUAUUCUAUCUUUUGCUUUUGUGAAGUGCAUUUAAAUAUAUUUCUUAGCCAUAUAAUUUUAAAAUAAGGUUGUAGAUACUUCUAGAGAUUUAAGAAUGAAAGAUUGUACGCGAUUGAAUAUUAUUAGAGUGUUUUAAAUUUAAAUAGAAAAUAACACCAACAUCACACUUAUAAAAAGAAUUGUACAUAAUCGAAGUUAGUAAAAUUUCCGAAAAAUGUCCAGUGUCGUAAUAUGCAUUUAAUUUUGGUUAAUGCAUACUCUGUAAUAAGUAUACUUUCGUCAAAAUCUUGCUCUGAAAAAAUAAAGUUAAUUAUACGAA